AUGUCGGCGCGUAAUCUUCUAGCCAAAAUUUCACUCAUCCUAACGCCUCAUUCUAGGUUCUUUAAGAUUAAAUGCGAUGGUGUUCAACCAAUGUGUGGACCAUGCCAGCAAAAUCCAAAGGAAGAUCCUUGUGAAUAUGCUAACGCUCCGGGACGGUCAAGAGCUCGGGUUCUCGAAGAAACAGUCUCGCGUUUAGAGGCUCGCCUCCGAGAAUAUGAACAUCCCGAAGAGACGCCAUCUAUGGAGCUUUAUGACCCAUACCAGCAAGGUCAAGAUCACAACAGCGGAACUAUGCGAGGAGAUGUCGACCGAUUGUUAUCGUCGUAUUCCUCAAAUAGUUCUCCGUCAUCCUCAGUUUUCGGGACGUCUCCCCUACUUAGUUCACAUCCUGGUGGAUUAUCUGAACCAUCGGGUAGACCCUUAACGGCGGGAUCAAGAAUUGCUCUACCUGGAACCAGAAGUCUCCUUGAAUGGUUUUUUGCGGAUGCAGUAUCCUUCGGCUUCUUCCUCGACCAUUCGCGUUUCUCAGAUUCUGCUCUCCUGCCGUUAGAUUUCGGACAUCAGUCUAGGCCAUGUCCAGGCCUAUUGAGCACCGUGUAUCUAUGGGGUAUCCAUCUAUCCCCACAAACACAACGUGAAGAUCUUGAGCAUACCUUGCUCAUGCGCGCCCUUCGAGAUACAGCCUCGGAUCUCAGUACCUCUAACCCACAUCCAAAUCGAUUCAUGCAUACCAUUCAAGCUGAGGCCUUGCUUGGCUACUAUUUUUUCCGUAAUGGUAAUAUCCUCGAAGCCAAACGUCAUGCCUCUAGUGCCGCAUCUCUUGCUCUAGGGUGUGGGCUCAACACCCUCAGGUCAUCGCACAAAGAGCAGCAGUCAAGCUCCAACAUCUACCUCCUUCCCCCACAAGAUGCAAUUGAGGAAGGUGAACGGAUUAAUGCAUUCUGGGCCGUAUUCACGCUCUAUCGAGAUAUCGCCGUUACAGUAGAUCCUCCUAGGUCUGUGUGUGGGAUUUUUGAUGCUCCUGGAUGCCAGAUUGAUACUCCAUGGCCCUUAGAUAUGGAUAUGUAUAAAAAGAAUAUCCUUCCGCCUCGUAGUUCAAUGACAAUCCGUGAAUUCCUCAAUCAUAUUCAACAUAGUGUUGACGAGCAUCAGCUUGCAAGUGCGACGAAUGUGAUCACGAAGGCAUCUUUACUUCUACAUCAAGCGUCGUUCGUCGCCGGACAGUAUGAUUCAAACAUGCCUACGUCCGAUGUGCAAACUCUCUUCGCGGCCUUCCAAUCUGUUCGACAAUUGAUAUCUUCCCUACAAUCCCAAUUGUCUCCGCUGGAAGAAUUCGACUAUCAAAGUCAAAAUCCCUCAGCCCUCCGAGAACUCCAUCUUGCCCACUCCCUCAUACACGGGUCGAUCAUACGCUUGAAUGAGAUUUUUAUAAAUUCGGAUGCGGAUUGCCGCCAGUACUGUGUAAAGAGUGCACAGGCUAUGAUUCAUGGGGGAGGGCUUGAUGUAGUUGAAUUUGGAUGUGUGAAUCCUAUAAUGGGGACGCUGUGGACACUGGCUUGUCAGACCCUCGUUCAAGAAAUUGUCCGUCUGCGUUCUAUGCAAACCGAAGCACAAGUAUCAUGGCCAUAUCUUCCGUAUCAAUCUUCAGAGCCAGCGUCGAUCUUACCAUGUUCGUACCGUCAGGAUCACUUGCAUGUUGGAUCAGAAAGUAAAGACAAAGGGGACUUGCACUUGGACAGUGAAGACUCCCUCUUAGCUUCCCUUCAGCGGGGCCUCUCGGCCCUCACGUUCUUCUCUGCUAACAGUGCACUAAUGGAUAAGUCUUUUUUGUCUUCGCCCCUAUUCAAUGAUAGGUGA